AACAAAAAUAGAAAAAGGAAACACAACACACAGAACAGCGAGAAACAUCCUUCAUCUUCUCUUUCAGUUUCAGAUCCUUCGAAUCUCUCUGUGUCUCUUCCUGUCACGAGACAACAAAACAAAGAGAAGCCAAAAGUGGUGGAUGGCAAAAACCAACAAGUACGCCUCUAUCAACUUCAACCACAUCUACGAGAAAAGCCCUUCCACCAAUCCCAACCACAGCAGCAACAACAACACCAAGCCCACCAGAAACUCAUCUUCUUCUUCUUCCUCUUCGCCCUCUUACUCUGCAAUCUCGUCCCCCAAAACCCAUGGCCGCAUGUUGGUCCUGACCCGACCCACACCCACACCCACUCCCAAACCCGCCACCAUCCCACCACCGCAGCCUCUCUCUCCACAGCCCCAACCCCAGCGAUCCCAUCAAAUCCCAGGUCAGACCCCAUCCGAAUCCGGUUCGGACCACAUUUCUCUUCGUCCGUUGGGGCAUACCGGGACCAGUUCGCCGGUUUUAUCUUCGGUUCCGAGUUUGGAGAAGGAGAAGCAGGUGGUGAAUCCCGUGUUAUCGCCGAAACCUGGAAAGUUUGUGCCACCGCAUCUCAGGCCGGGGUUUGUGGGUAGAGAGGAGCGAUCUGUGCCGGAGUUUGGCCGGGGCAGGGACUCGGGCCGAAACAAUUUCGGGUCUCCGGUUAAGUACGGAGAGGAUGGGCGGCCCAAGUCGGGUGGUGGGUAUGACAGGAUGAGGGAAGGUGAGUCGGAUCUGGGGAUGGUGAUCAGGCCAAGGUCGAGUGGGAAUCGGCCGAGUUCGAGCGGAUGAUUUGUUGAUAAUCGACUUCUUUCUUGGGAAUCACUUGAUAGAGCAGAUGGACACCCCAAUAGCGACCAGCGGCAUCUUUUUGUCUCUGUUACUCGCAUUGAUUUUCAGAAGAAAAAAAGGAAUUUGGAUUCAUGGAAAUGACCAAACCCAACCAGUUGCUUACCUUUUCAACCCCAGGUGAUAGGAUUUGUAUCAACUUUUAAAGUGUUGUAUUGAAAAAGACAGGCUUAAACGACCACGUACUUUUUUGAUUCCUGGCCAUUGGCUCUCUUAUACAGGUGUCAGUGAAUGUAGAAUCAACUUCUUGUUUUUGUUUUUUUUUUCCAAGGCGCGAGCAUCUUGUUUGCUUGCUGCCAUUUUGAUUGUUCUUUUGUCUUCAUCCUACACUAAUGAUGCUUCUUGUGUAAAAAGAUUUAAUGCGUUGCAUUAUCUAUAUCAGUUCUUGGACUUUGUUUAAUUUAAA